UUAUUGUUGAAUUUCAGCUCCACUGCUACAUCGGGUCCAGGUGGUACCACACAAAUUGUUGCAAUAGAUAGUAAAAUUGAACAAGCAAUGGAUUUGGUAAAAACACAUUUAAUGUUCGCUGUUCGAGAAGAAGUUGAACUAUUAAGAGCGAAAAUAAUCGAAUUAGAGGCAACGAUUCUACAACUGGAAGCCGAAAAUUCCAUUCUCAAAGAACAUGUUCCUGAUGAUGUUUUGAAUAAAUUGAAUGCAGCAACGACAACGUCAACCGCAACUGUACAAUAA